AUGCAGGCGUACAAAGGCAGAGCUGGGUCUUCCCCCAGGGCUCAGCCUGGGACAGCCCCGGCAGUUUAUGGCUGCCAAAUGGAAGAUCACACCAAGCACGUCCAGCCCAUCCCGCUCCCGGCCAUGCAGCAGAACUUGAACUACGUGUACCCCCAGAUCUUUUGGGUGGACGGCUGUACCAACACAAGUACUUCCUGCCCUCCGGCACCUCCCAGCGCUUCUUUCCCACCACCGGUACCAGACCGGAGGAAAAAAACGAGGAACAACAGGGAAAGGAGGAGCGUUGGCUUCCUGGUGAUCUCCUUGCUGAUCCUGCUGGCCCUCACUGGAGUGGGGCUGAGCAUGUUUCAGAUCUUCCACCUGGAGAAGCAACUGGCUGAACUCAGAGAGUCUGCCAGCACUGAACACAUCCCUCCAGCUUUGGAGAAACUCAUAGGGCAGCAGGGGCAGUCAAUGAAAAAAGAAGCGAGAAGGGCAGCACACUUAACAGGGAACCCGGCCCAGCAGGACCUUCCUCUGGAGUGGGAACCCAUCUCUGGCCAUGCCUUCACCAACGGCAUUCAGUACCGUGACCAGGGCCUUGUCAUCAAUGAGACCGGCCUGUACUUCGUGUACUCCAACGUGCUCUUCCGCGGCAGCGUCUGCAGCAGCCAGGUGUUGACCCACAUUGUCUACAAGAAAAACCCGGCCUCGCCAGGCAGCCACGUGCUGAUGGAGGACAAAGGCAUCAACUACUGUACGAGUCAGAAAACAUGGGCCCGGAAGAGCUACCUGGGGGCUUUGUUCAAGCUCAGGAAGAUGGACAGUUUGCACGUCAACGUCUCCAAAAUCGCUCUGAUUAAUUUUGAGGAAUCCAAGACCUUCUUUGGUUUAUUUAAGCUUUAA